UUGAGUGCACAGUUUAAACGGUCCCAGGGCCUUAUAACAUCUUGGUUUGUCCAAGAAGAACCUUUUAGGACCAAACGCCCGAAUUCAAAACAGCUAAAUCCAAUAGAUAUGCUAAUUUUUAAUUGGGAGAUAUCAGUAAUUACGUCACCUUAAUUUAAGAGAAAUUGGAGAAAGUUUUCCAGACAGAGUCUCAGACUACCCCUUCCCGUGAGGCAAUACAAUUCCUCCCUCCAUGCCGUUACUUCUUUACUUACGGACAACUGUUUUCUAGUUAUUUGCACUUUGUAGCUUGGAGUUAAUAAUUAACUGUUAAUUAAUAACUAAUUACAAUUUCAUUAAUUGUUACAACCUCCUCGUCUGAUUGUCUGUCUCUAUUUGGCGAAAUAAAAGUCGGAUUCCAGAUCUGAUUGUGAUUUACAAGCGACAAAUUAAUCAAGAAGGAGAUCACAAUGGAGACGGAUAUUGAUCAAGCGACGAUACAAGUAGCGAAUAUUGACCUUGUCGCCGACACCAACAAAGUGACGAUGAUGGCUUUGACGAAUCCACUUAUUUUGGACCAAAUAUUCCGCUCAUUGGACCCCAUCAGUCUAAGGUCGGUUCGACUCGUCUGUCGUCUUUGGGCUGACGUCGGCGCCUCGUUUCUCGGCAAGCAGGGUCACCUCAUCUUUUUGUCAUCGUCGGAUUACUACUGCACCAGUCCUUACUUUACGAUGCCCAGGGAGUUGGCCUCAUUCAACCCAAAACUGGCCAAGAACGUAACGCUGUACAUAAAUUAUAACUGCAACAUAAAUUGUAAAUGUGCUCCGAAUACGACCAAUCUGCCGUCCACCUUUGCAACAGUUUUGCCGUCAAUUUGUGAGAAAUUGGAGACACUCCGCUUCCUUUCAGGAAGAGCUUUUGAACCCCGACUCCAUGAAAUGUGGACUACGUAUGACUUUCCAAACCUAACUCACAUCACGAUCAUCGCCACAAAUAAAGAGUUUAAUCAGCACGACGGCGACAUGGCAUUUCCGAACAUACAACAAUUUCGACCCCUCGGAAAUCUGAAGGUGCUCUGUUUGACGAACUUCCUCCUUGGAGAAAGAAACCCUUCAGAGUCCGACUGGUCAUCCGCUUGUCAAGGACUGCUAAACGCUGCCCCCAACUUGGAAGAAUUCACGCUCAACUCGGUUUUCUACCCGGACUUGUCGCCCUGUCCGAAACUAAAGGAGUUCAACUUUCAAUAUAAAGAAUGUCGUGAUUAUGUUACCAAGGAAAUUAUAAAACUUGACAUCUCCGAGAUGAACCGAAUGAUGGAAAGAUGCCCGAAUUCUCUGGAAAAGUUGACUUUGAAUUUAAAUCCGAAUGAGGAUGCUAUAGAGCCGACAGAGAAACUCAAUUUUCGCUUCCCAAAUCUCACCUACCUCAAGCUCGAUACUGCCGACAUUUUUAAAAUUCAGGACUCAUUGAACGUCACCAACCUACCAAAGCUGACCCACUUCUCCAUCAAUACUUGCAACUAUCUCGAUUUGUCUAAAAUGAUGGCAAAUUACUAUAUGCACCACACUGGGAUAACCUCGCUCAACGUUGUAUGCGCCUAUUGUGCGGAAGUAGGGAACCAGGACAGACAUGCUGCUGCCAAAUUGGUAACCCUCUUCCCUGCGGUGAAGGAAUACAGUUUGGAGUUGCAGAUUGACUUGGCCGGGGAUGAUGUAGCUUUUCUCUCUUUGAGGGCAAUGAUGCAAUCCUUUGGUGGCUGGGAGUUAACACGCGGGCAGGUGAAUAUUCAAUAUAAAUGGAUCCCCUUGAGCCUGGCAGCUCUGAAUUUGCAUAACGAGUCCGAUACGGAAGUCGUGAUUGCCGUGAUGGAAGGAAUGUCGGAUUGGAGAGCAUUGCCGAACACGACACUUCAAUUUGUUGGUAAUCAUGGCGAGCCAUACCUUCACCUGACUGACCGGAUGCGAGAUGCCCUUCUGUCAUGCAGGACAAUAAAAAGCGUGACUAUCAGUGAAUUUGGGAUUGACGAGGACACUUGGGAGGAUAUGAAUGCAUUUAUCGAAGAUAAUAAUCUGCCAGUUAGUAUCCCUAAUAUUGAUGGGUUUUGGUGAUCUUGACCCAUUCGGCGGUCAAAUUAAUUUAUUGAAAUACUUCUCAAUUAAAAUUUAUUUAUUAUUAUAGCUUCCAUGUGUUUGUUACUCUAAAAUAUUGGAUGAAUAUCGGUAAAUUGUAGUCUACAAUGUCUAGUUUAAGCUGAGGUUACGUUAGUGUGUUUUUAUGUUGUUUAAAUUGUGUAAUUACAAUCAGUUGAACUUUAAAUAAUUAACUCUAAAAUGGCUUGAACAUUUCCCCAAUUCCAAAAUUACCAGGCUCGCUGUAAAAAUAAGUCGACAUUAUUACAGAUUACACAAGUAUUACUAUUUACUCAAAUUUAAUAACACUUACAAGUUUCCGUCCCUUCUUGACUCAAGAAAUUUUUUCUUAUGUUUCUUCCCUUCGAAAUGAUCCUUCGCCACAGCGUCCGAACUCAAAUGGAUGUCACAUACAGUACAAAAUCCACCAGAGUCUGAAAAUAACGUGAUGAAAAUUAAUUAAACUCAUUAAUAAUACUAAUUAACGAUUGGAACAAUAAAAUACAUUCUAAGAACUG